UCAGAAAAGUGUCGGAAAGUUGUCCAAAAGCCUCACCAGCAGGUCCGAGCACGACUGCGACGACUACAUUAAUAUAUAUUUAAAAAAAAAAUUAGAUACCCAAGGAUUAGUUCGGGACUUUUCUGUGCGUUUCUCCUGCCUCGAACACAGAGCUGUAACCUGCUUCUCCAUUUUUAAAGCCCUCCUCUCUCAGCUCCACUGUAAAUAGACAAAACAACAGAAUGACAACACAUUUCAGGAGCGGCCCAGCCUUCGGACUUUCUGCUGAGGUCAAGAGCAAGCUUGCAGGGAAGUACGACCCCCAGAAGGAAGAAGAGCUGAGGCUGUGGAUUCAGGAUGUGACUGCCAAGCGAAUCGGGGACAACUUCAUGGAAAGUCUGAAGGAUGGAGUCCUGUUGUGCGAGCUUAUUAAUGUUCUCCAGCCAGGUUCUGUGAAAAAGAUCAACCACUCCACUCAAAACUGGCACCAGCUGGAAAACAUAGGGAAUUUUGUCCGUGCGAUCACAGACUACGGUCUAAAGCCGCAUGACCUCUUUGAGGCCAACGAUCUGUUUGAGAAUGUCAACCACACUCAGGUCCAGAGCACGCUCAUCGCUCUGGCUGGAAUGGCCAAGUCCAAAGGUUUCCACUCCAAGUACGACAUAGGAGUGAAGUACGCAGAGAAACAGCAGCGCCGCUUCGCUCCAGAAAAGCUCAGGGAGGGACGGAACAUCAUAGGCCUGCAGAUGGGCACCAACAAGCUUGCCAGCCAAAAGGGCAUGACCUCUUAUGGCACACGACGCCAUCUGUAUGAUUCCAAGAUGGCCAUGGACAACCCAAUGGACCAGUCUACUAUCAGUCUACAGAUGGGCACCAACAAGGGAGCCAGCCAGGCUGGCAUGACAGCGCCGGGAACCAGGAGACACAUCUUUGACAAGAAGCUGGAGCUGGAGACCUGUGACACCACCACCAUCUCUCUGCAGAUGGGCACCAACAAAGUGGCCUCCCAGCAGGGCAUGACCACCUACGGCCUGCCCCGCCAGGUCUACGACAACAAGUACUGCUCCAACCCCAUUGAGACCUACUAUAACAACGGUAGCGAGGUGGAGUUUGAUGGCUACAACCAGUACUCUGACUAAGAAAACCACGGACAGCCUCACCCUGCCCUCUCUCCCUCCUCUUUGCUUAACUUCAGACAACCAUCCACAGCUGUCUUUGUGUCAAGCAAACCUUCCAGACUAUUAUUUAACACUGACUGACGUCAUUGUCGUCCUCCUUCCCCAGCUUUUUCUAAACAUGCUUUUACUCUUAGGAAUUUAUUGUUUGUCUUUCCAUGAGUAAAUGAGAAAAAUGUUUACACUGACCUUAAAUCAAAAAAAUUCAUGCAGUGGCCAACCUCUGUAUUGCUCUGAUUCAUUUUAUUACCGCUAAAAAUACCCACAGUGCCGAUUUAAUGACCUUUGGCUAUUUAUAGUUUUUUUUUUCUACAGCUUUUUAUACUUGCAUUGUAAUUAGAGAUUUGAGUGUUUAUACCCCAUGCCUCACCUCCCUUCCCUUCCAGUCCAGUUUGAACACUGACGAAGCAGAAUUUGAAAGUUUCUUGAAAGCAAACAGCGUGGCUGCUGUUGAACUUUGACCCAGUCGGAACAGAGUCCAUGUUGGAGCCCUGCAGGCUCUAGGAUUCAACUCCUUGGAAUGACAGAAAUUCCUGGUCCACAGACUGACCGGGGCGGACGACGCGGGCGGACAUGUAGCUUUGUGCGGACUUUGCUUGGUUUUGUGAGCACCUGCGCUGACCAAAUAGUCAUGUUCACAGGCCCGCCAAAUUACCCAUCACGCUAUUUUUACAGGGCUAAUUUACAUGGCUUGCGUGCAGUACAGGAAGUAUGUAGAAAUGUGUGUAGGGGGGGAGGGUCUGUCAGACAGUGCUUUUAUAAAGAGCAAAUGUAGGUGUUGUGAUAUUUAGUUUGAAUUAGGGUAAACUUAGUCACCGGUAGUUUUUGUCCCAUGUUUUUCUUCCAUCUUAUGCCGCGGUGAACUUUGGCUUUAGAGCGGUUGCUUGUUUGCACUUGACCUGACUUCACCUUGUGUGCAGUAAACAAUGGUGGAAUGUAACUAAGUACAUUUACUCAGAUAUGGUACUUAAGUACAAACUUGUGGUACAUUCCUUUUAAUGCCACUUUAUACUUACCUUGCACUGUCAUUGAGAUGAUAUUUUCAUUUUCACUCCAAUACAGUUAUAGUUACUUUUACAAAAUGAGAUUUUAUAUACAAAGCAAAUGAGUUUAUAAAAUAAUAAAGGCAAUAAUAAUAUAACAUUAUAAUACUCACAAGGGCCCCUUUUCAGCAUGGAGUAUUUUUACUUUUCAUACUUUUACACUUUGCUAAUAAUGCUUACAUACUUUAAGUAACAUUUCAAAUGCAGGACUUUACUUGUAAUGAGGUAUCUUAACAUUGUGGCAUUGCUACUUUUACUCAAAUAUCUGAGUAGCUCAUCCACCAUGGUAAGUAACGAAAACAUCAAAGUAGAAAGUUAUAUAAUUAUGAGACUCUCGUUCUGCGUCAUACUGUUAACCCACUGAAUGUUUUGAAUGUAACGUUACUCUAAGGUCACAGGUGUCACUAACUAUUACAGGCUUCAUUUCCAACACAUUUGAAGGCAGAAAAGUACACAUGUACACACUUUUAACCGGAGGAGGCUCAGACGCUUGUGGUCUGGUGUCACACAUCAAAACCUCUGCAUAUCUGGGUAAAAUAUUCAGGCGCUGAAUUACUGUCAAAACUAGCUGUUGAAUGAGCUUCAUGUUCAUGUCCAUGUGCAGAAAGAAGAAGCAGAGAUUUGGGUUCUUUAACUUUUCAUUCAGCAGCAAAGGCGUCUUAGCUAUGACCUGGAACAUGUAGCAGUGGGCCAUCUAGUGGUGAAAAAGCACAUGUACAUCACCUAAACAGAUUUUAGUCAAUCAAAUGCAGUUAUGUUGUUUUUAACAUGUCAUUCAUUUAUUAUCAUUCCUUCUGUGAUAUCCAGAAUAGUAACAAUGUUGAGUAAAUGUUUAGUAACAUUUCACCUUAAUGUGUUGGCUUUGUUUCAACAUUGUUCAAACUUUACAUCUUUGCUAACCUCUUGAUUUUUCCUGUAUGCCUUUCACUAAACUUGACAUUUGUGCAAUAAAAAAAAAAACACUUGAAAAAUAUGCUUCAGAUUUCAUUUCUCAUUAGUGUCAUUAUCUAAAAGUACACAAUAUAUGUGAAAUACACAGAAGUAGUGUAACAGAAAUUAUGAUUGUGAUUUUAAAAAAGG